UUCUUUCCUCUUCUUCUCCAGACUCACGAGUCCCCCUGACCUAGACCUACCGCCGUGCCGUAGCUUCGCGUCAUCGCCGACGCCUCCAAACCCCUCCUCCUCCCCUUUAAAAGCCUCUCACGCGCAUCGCCGCCGCCAUCGCCCUUCCGGUUCUACCUGACGGCGUCCCUGCCGUCUCCCCCCUCCGUCCGGAACCUCGGACAUACAUUGGGUUUUGGAGGUAAACUGGAAGUGGGGGAAUCAUGCCGAGGGUCAAGAAGCAUGUAGCGAACCCUCGUGUUUUUAUGGACAUAUCGAUCGAUGGACAAGCUGCCGAGAGAAUCACAAUCGAGCUCUUCUCUGAUGUAGUUCCAAAGACUGCAGAGAACUUCCGAGCUCUUUGUACUGGUGAAAAAGGCCUUGGACAAACUACAAAGACACCACUUUAUUUUAAGGGAACAAACAUUCAUCGAAUUAUCAAAGGAUUUAUGGCUCAGGGUGGUGAUUUUUCGAGAGGAGAUGGACGUGGUGGAGAGAGCAUAUAUGGUGCAAAAUUUCCAGAUGAAAACUUCAAGUUAAAGCAUGAUCAGCCUGGUGUUCUCUCCAUGGCUAAUUCGGGAGCAAACAGCAAUGGAUCCCAAUUUUUUAUAACAUUCAAGGCUACACCACACCUUGAUGGCAAACAUGUCGUCUUUGGGAAGGUGCUAAAUGGAAAAGAUUUGCUUAAGAAGCUUGAAGCACUGGGUUCCGAGUCUGGAAAGCCUACAAGUCCAGUGAAAAUCGUAGACUGUGGUGAAGUCCUUGACAUGGAUACUGAGAAUCAGCUAACGGGGGAGAAAGAAAAGAAGCUUAAAAAAGCAGUGGAAGAAAACUCUGAUGCUGAAGGAAGGGUCAAAACCAAAAAGGCACCUAGUGACAGUAGACAAAGAAAAAAGAGAAAGCACUAUUCUUCUGAUUCAUAUAGCUCAGAGUCUUCUGACUCAAGGUCCUAUUCCUCAGAUAGUGGUUCAGAUUCAGAAUCAUACUCUUCAGGAUCACUGGAUACUAGCUCAUCUAGUGAUCAUAGGCACAAGAGAAGAAAAGGUUCUAAGAAGGAUAAACGCAAGUCUACAAAGAGGAAGAGCAGCCAUAAGAAAAGUAAGAGCAAAAGUAGAGGAACAAAACGGAAAUCAAAGCGGAGCUAUGGAAGCUCAAGUGAUGAUUCAAAAAGCUCAAAGACAAGCAGCAGCAGCUCGGACAGUGAAAGUGCAAGCCUUCGUACCAAACAUUCAUUGAAGAAAGACCAAGGGAAUACGAAAAUGAUGGAGAAAGGCAAAACCUUGGAAGAUGCAGAUAAAGGCAAACAAACGGUUCCCAUGGACAAUAUGUCACGUGAAGGAAACAAACCCUCAAAGAACGAUGAAAAUGGGGCUGCUGACAGGGAUGAUAGCAACCCCGUCAGGGCUGAUGCAAUUCUGAAAAGGGCAGAUGACAACAGCAGUGCUGAUGCUGCAGGGACAGGCAUAUCUCAAGCUGUUACAGAAAGGAAACCGUCAAGCAAGGAAACUGUGCCCACAAAUGGUAAAGAUAUAGCUGUGGGUUCUACAGAGAAUGGACAACGUAUCAGGAAAGGACGUGGUUUUACUCAGCAAUAUUCAUUUGCACGCCGGUACCGGACACCGUCUCCAGAGCGUUCCCCUGUUCGGUCUCGCUACAUUGGAGGAAGAACUGAUAGAUGGAAUAACUUCAAUAGGUAUGGAAGAAAUGGUCCUCACAGUGCACGCUCGCCAGUAAGGAGAUACCGUGGCUCUCCAAGAGCCAAUAGCCCACCAAGGUACCCAAGGAGAGACCGAAGCAGGAGCAGGUCACGCAGUCCAGUGAGGCACCGUGACCGUGGACCAUAUCGCCGCCCCAGUCCGAGACGCAGCCGUAGUCCGACAGAACAACAGAAACGAGAUGUGACAUACAGGCCUCGAUCAGGUCGCGGUGGUGGUGGUGGCUCCGGUCACCGCGGUAGCAGCCCCCCUGCCAAUAGGAGAAGGUCGAGAUCCAGGUCCAAGAGCCGUGAUCCCUCAAGGUCCAGAUCUCCUGAUGCUGCCCCAGCCAAAAGGGUCAGCUCGAAGUAUAACCGCAGGCGCAGCAGCAGCUCAAGAUCCAGUAGCUCCUCUGGGAGUAAAGGCGGCUUGGUUUCGUACUGAGAUGUGAUCUCAGGACCUGGAAAGCUAGUCAGGUUUUCAUGCUUGGUUGAACUCUGUAUAACUCUGAAGUGCGCCUGUAUCAUGGGAUGCUGAAUUAUGUAGCUACUGUACUUAUUUUGUUCUGCUGUUGAAUUUUCACCGUAUGGUAGCCCCAUCGCUUUCUGCAUGAGAUGAUUAGAUACUAUCCCCUGUGAAUUUUAUGGAUAAGACAGCACUCUUGGUUUCCCUCCUUUUCAUGAUGAUGGGUGUAUUUUCUCCAUAAAAUCUAUUUUAACAGCUGCGAGAGCUCAUUGAA